UGGGAACUUGAGCAAUUUUUCCGUGCGCAGAUUUGGCACAUAGAAAGAAUUGGUUGCAGGUGCAAUGUUCAUCAUCAUCCUGUGACUGGGUUAUUUAUUUUGAGAAAAGCUGUGAAUCGAGAAGAUGAACGUCAUCCUGGCUUGUUUAAUUGUGCUUCUGACUGCGUCUCAAACUCUGGCUGAAGAAAUGGAAUUCAAUGAAGACAGUUUCUAUCCAUACAGUGACCAAAUUCAGGCAGAAUUAGUAGAAGACCCAGUAUUUGAAAGGUAUCUGCUAAGGCCUGCAAGGAGACCUAAAUCUGAGAAAUUUUAUCCAAUAAUAGGAAAGAGGAACAAUGACUUUAAGGAAACCUCUCCAAAAAGGAAUAAAAUCUUCAUUGGACUGAUGGGCAAGAGAUCAUUACCUUCUGGGCAUAACUUCAUUGGACUAAUGGGCAAGAGAGCAUUAACUGCUGAGUCAGAAGAAAGAAUGAACGAUUUGUACUUCAGCAGGAGACAUACGAGACCUGUAACCAGUAACUGCACUAGACCAAUUAAAACAAAUAUUGCAGAGAGAAGGGAUGGGCUGUGAUCCAGCUAGGCCAGUGAUAAAAGGCCGCAUGGCCUGAAACGUUGGGGUGAUGCCCACAAAAGCAUAAAUAAAGGCUUUUUAAAUACUUCAAGAGUUGAUGGUGCUGUUCAAUUUCGCAUUACCCAGCUAGGCCAGUGAUACAGAGACCUGGGAUCAUGUGCCACACAUUGCUAAUCAGACUUCUGAAAGUGUAAAGGUGGCCAUAGAUGCAAAGAUCCGCUCGUUUGGCAAUGUUGGAUCUUUCCCCGAUAUACUA